ACGAACUGUCAUGGUAGCCUCCUCGCUCACAUCCCAACUGUAAAGACAAACUGAGCGCGGAUAUUUUUGUUGUUUACUGGUUAAAUAUGAAGUAUUUGCUCCGGCUGGGGCGCUCGUUCGCCCGCCUUCAUGUCCGGUUAUGUCACCAGAGUGUUUACAGCCGCCAUACUAACGCAUGUAGAGUGGGAGUGGACCUCGGAGAUAAGAAACUUGAAAUCUCUUCUGGGAGGUUUGCCAGAUUUGCUGAUGGAGCUGCUGUAGUACAGGACGUGUCAGCACAGCACAGCAGAACCUAUACUGAGGCUUUGAUGAUUGAGGCAUCAGCUGAAAACGUGCUGCAGCAGGACUUCUGCCACGCUGUGAAGGUGGGAGUCAAACACACCCAGCAAAUCAUACAUGCCAUCCAGCAGCUGGCACGAGAGCAGAAGGUGACUAAGCGCACCCCGGUCAAGAUGUUUUCACCGCCGACUGACAUGGUGGAACAUGUUCGGAGAUUAGCUUCUGAGAGGAUCUACGCUGUUUUUACCGAUUAUACUCACGACAAGAUUUCGAGAGAUGAAGCAAUCAACAAAGUUCGGCUGGAAACUGAAGAGGAACUUAAAGAAAAAUUCCCUCAGGCCGAGCCUUUUGAAGUCAUUGAAUCCUUUAACACUUUGAGCAAGGAAAUCUUCCGUAAUCUAGUGCUCAAUGAGUACAGGAGGUGUGAUGGAAGAGAGCUGACUGGUUUAAGAAACAUUUCAUGUGAUGUAGAUCUAUUUAAACCGCUGCAUGGCUCGGCUCUGUUUCAAAGAGGACAAACACAGGUGCUGUGCAGUGUCACAUUUGAUUCCCUGGAGUCCAGCAUCAAAACAGAUAUUAUCACUACAGCUUUAAGUGGCAUCAAAGACAAAAACUUUAUGCUUCAUUAUGAAUUCCCCCCAUAUGCAACCAAUGAGACUGGAAAGAUGGGAGGCCUCAACAGGCGAGAGCUCGGACAUGGAGCUCUGGCCGAGAAGGCUCUGAGACCAGUCAUUCCUAAAGACUUCCCGUUCACCAUCAGGGUCACUGCUGAGGUGUUAGAGUCAAAUGGAUCCUCCUCUAUGGCUUCAGCGUGUGGGGGCAGCCUCGCUCUUAUGGAUGCAGGUGUGCCCAUCUCUUCUGCUGUGGCAGGUGUAGCCAUCGGUCUCAUCUCCAAGGCUAACCCAGAAAAACCUGCUGAGAUAGAAGACUACAGACUAUUAACAGACAUUCUGGGAAUAGAGGAUUACCUGGGAGAUAUGGACUUCAAACUGGCAGGAACAAACAAGGGUAUCACUGCUUUACAGGCUGAUGUGAAGAUUCCUGGGUUGCCACUGAAGGUGGUCAUGGAGGCAAUCCAACAGGCCACAGUGGCAAAGAGGGAAAUCUUGGGCAUUAUGAACAAAUGCAUAGCAAAACCCAGAGAGAGCAGGAAAGAGAAUGGACCUGUUGUAGAAAAUGUCCGGGUACCUGUCUCAAGGCGAGCUCGCUUUGUUGGCCCUGGAGGCUACAACCUCCGCAGGCUUCAAGCUCAAACAGGUGUGACGAUAAGUCAGGUAGACGAAGAGACUUUUUCCGUGUUCGCUCCAACACCAGGAGCCAUGAACGAAGCCCAACACUUCAUCAGCGAGAUCUGCAAAGACGAUCCUUCAUACAGCUCAUCUGUUCUUCUGCUCCUCUGCUUUAGGGACAUUGGCGUGAUGGUGAAACUUUAUCCCAACAUGACUCCUGUCCUGCUGCACAACUCCCAGCUGGACCACAAACGGAUCAAACAUCCGAGUGCUUUGGGUUUAGAGGUGGGACAGGAGAUACAGGUCAAGUAUUUUGGACGGGACCCAACAGAUGGCAGAAUGAGGCUUUCGCGAAAGGUGCUCCAGUCUACCGCUGCAAGCGUCGUAAAGAGACUGAAUGACAAACAGAGCAUCUCCAUGGGUUCAAGCGACAUGCAGACGACCAGUACAGAUUCGUGACACUCCCCCAUGACUGCCUAACUUCUGGCUUUUCUGUCAGAGUAGACUUGGACUGAGUCAACUUUUCCUUUUCAAACAACAGAUCUUGUUAUGAACUAUACAU